CACACGAUGAACGGAACGCACGCCCUCAUCGUUCUCGGUGGCUACGUAGACGUGGACAAGUACAGAUAUGUAUACUUUGUGCUGUUCUUGAUACUCUACGUUCUCAUCCUCUGCUCUAACUGCACCAUUAUCUGUGUCAUCUGGAUCCACAGGAACCUUCACGAGCCCAUGUAUGUUUUCAUUGCAGCUUUAUCCGUCAACUCGCUUUUGUUCAGCACCGCCAUCUACCCCAAACUCUUCGUGGACGUCUUGUCUCAAAGCCAAACCGUUUCUCGCGCAGCUUGUAUGACGCAGUUGUUCUUUUUCUACACUUUUGGUUGUUCCGACUUUUUGCUGUUGUCGGCCAUGGCCUACGACAGGUACGUGUCCAUCUGCAAGCCUCUGCAGUAUGCGACUACGAUGGGCGCCACCACUGUCACCGUCUUCUUGGUUCUGGCCUGGUUUCUGCCUGCUUGCCAUUUAGCGGUGGCAACGGUCAUCAAAACAAAUUACAAAUUGUGCAAGUUUGUCUUAAAAGGGAUUUUCUGCAACAACACUUUCAAUGGGCUUCAGUGCGUGAGAUCAAAAACUGUGGCGGUUGUUGGUGUGUUGAUCUUUAUAAACAUCGGGGUCAUCCCUGUGCUGUUCAUCCUCUACACUUACACCAAAAUAUUUCUCGUCGUGUUUCGCCGUUGCAGCAGAGUUCGGGAAAAGGCGGCCGAGACCUGCGUACCUCACCUGAUGGUUUUAAUCAGCUUCUCUUUCUUGACUUCGUUCGACAUGAUCGUGGGGCAAAUGGGGUCGGAACUUCCGGAUAGCCUUCGUCUGAUGAUGAUGUUGCAAGUCGUGGCGUACAAUCCUCUCUUCAAUCCAAUCAUAUACGGCGUGAAGAUGAAAGAAAUCUGGAAACACAUCAAGAAGUUGUUCCGUCGCUCCAGCAAAUAA